ACUUACCUGCGCUCUUCCCAAAUCCCUAUGCAAUAUUUAAAUAAAUUGAGGUUAUUUAGUCUCUUCAAUGGCCGUGAGAGUUUAGCCCGCAUGCCACGUCAAGGCAAACCUCUCAGGUUUGGCUGUGUUUCUGAAACUGGACCAUACAAUGGGCAUCUCUCAAUCCCCCACAGAAACUGUACUAAUUACAGGAGGAGGCGGAUAUUUUGGACACAGGUUGGGUUGCAAACUGCACCAGAAGGGAGUAAACGUCAUCCUCUUUGAUAUUCAGAAGCCGGUCUUGUCUGUUCCUGAAGGAAUUCGUUUUAUCCAAGGAGAUAUCCGUUCCAUCCCUGCCCUUGAAAAUGCCUUAACAGAUGUGAGCUGCGUAUUCCAUACUGCUUCCUAUGGCAUGUCAGGCCGCGAGCAACUCCAGACCCGUAAAAUAGAAGAAAUUAACGUAAACGGUACCAAUAAUUUAAUUCAAGCCUGCAUCAAUAAAGGUGUUGGGAGGCUUGUUUAUACUAGCACCUUCAAUGUGGUAUUUGGAGGCCAAGAGAUUAAUGACGGGGAUGAGUCUCUGCCAUACCUACCUCUCCAUCUCCACCCUGAUAACUAUUCCCGCACAAAGUCAAUUGCUGAAAUGUUAGUGCUUAAAGCAAAUGAUAGUGAAUCGAAAAAUGGAUAUGGAAGUCUGAAAACCUGCGCACUGAGGUCUGCAGGCAUCUAUGGUCCUGGGGAACAAAGGCACCUCCCCAGGAUCAUCGGUUACCUUGAAACUGGCCGCUUCAAAUAUUUAUACGGCGAUCCCAAGAACCUUGUACAGUUUGUCCAUGUAGAUAAUCUGGUUUUGUCCCAUAUUCUAGCUGCAAAAGCCCUCACACCUGAGAAAAACUAUGUAGCAGCUGGUCAGCCGUACUUUAUUUCAGAUGGCACACCAAUCAACAACUUUGAAUUUUUCCGACCCUUUGUGGAGGGUCUAGGUUACAAAUUCCCUACUAUUCGUCUACCUCUCUUUCUUGUAUACUUUAUUGCCUUCAUAACUGAGUGGGUUCACUUUCUUAUUUCCCCCAUCUAUAACUUCCAACCUUUACUAACACGUACUGAGGUCUAUAAAACUGGCGUCACUCACUACUUCAGCAUUGAAAAAGCUAAGCGGGACUUGGCCUACGAACCUCAAGGAUACAACAUGCAUGAGGUUGCUGAGUGGUUUAAAUCUCAUGGAUAUAGUAAUCAAGCCAGGAAGGUUAAGAACAGGAGUUAUAUAUGGGACAUAUUGUUUGUCCUGUUGUUUCUUUUGGUAAUCCUUUCGUGGAUCCCAAGAGUAGGGAGUGCAACCUACUAAACCCUAAUUCAAUUUUUUUACUUUUAGUUCUAAACUAUUGUGUUUAGACCAGGGAUCGACCGAUUAUCGGUCUGGCCAAUAUUCUGUACUUUCAGCAAUAUCGGUAUCAGCCAAUAAAGAUACUGAUAAUGCAGACCAGGACCGCCAUCAGGGUCCUGGGGGGGGGCCUAGCACACUCUUACUUACCUUCCCAGCAGCUCCCCUGUCUAACUCUCGCGAGUCCUGUGGCCGUCAGAGUGUUACCAUGGUAACGCUCCGCGCUGCACACAGGCCGUGAGAGUUAUACAGGGGAGCUGCUGGGAAGGUAUGCAAGUGUGCUGGGCCCCCCAGGGAAUGCCAUAUCCCCCUCCCUGGCCAGGU